AUGAUUAAACAACAGCAACCACAACAACUUAAGGCACAAAGCACCCAGGUCCCUCAGACCAUUACAUACGCCAUAUAUGCAUAUAAUUCAAAGACGGCAGAACAAACGCAAAGGUUGAAAUAUGGAGAUUUGGAGAUAGUAUUGAAAAAUGACCAUUUCGAAUUCGUUUGCAAAGGUGGUGCAGUGAUAUCAAAUAUAAAAGAAAUUUUAUUUAUGAAUUCAAAAAUUAAAGGAAUAACGGAUGAUAUAACAUCAAUUCCACCAGAAGAACAGAGAUAUUACGCAUUAAAUGCAUUUCCUAAAGUUUUGAAGAUUGGAAGAUUUAAUUUAAAUGAGGAAUUCAUAAAAGGUUUCCUAAAUGACAUAAUGGAGAAAGCAGAUAAGGAAUGUGUUGCUGCUGCGUUAGAGAAGAAAGCGGAUAAGGAAUAUGUUAACGAAAAAGAUAAUGAAAUUAAAGAAAUGGUUGAAUGGUAUCAUGAAUGGACAUCAAAGAUUUUAAAAACUAAAGCCGAUACAGGAUGGGUUUCAGGAUGUUUAGACCUUAAAGCGGAUAAAACAUAUGUUAACGAUGAGUUAGGGAAGAAGGCAGAUAAGGAAUGUGUUGCUGCUGCGUUAGAGAAGAAAGCAGAUAAGGAAUGUGUUGCUGCUGCGUUAGAGAAGAAGGUGGAUAAAACAUAUGUUAACGAAAUAUACCAAAGUUUGAUAGGAACAACGAAAAAUAUUGAAACUAUUGUUGGCGACUUUUCUAUCUAUGAAGAAAACAAAUAUUUUAGAUGGGAGUUUGUACACUCCUUAAAAAAUGGUAUACGGUAUAAACUCAUUCCGAAAAAUAACAAUGAAAUGUAUGUAGGCUAUAUAAAGAAUAAUGGUACACAAGUUAAAGUUCCAUUAGACAACAACUGUUACUUAAACUUAUAUGGAGACGAACAAAAGAAAUAUUUAAGAGUUUAUGAAAUGGCAGAUAUGACAUUGCCUGACCCAGCUCCAGCACCAUAUUAUUAUGACUAUGGAGAUGAUGUCAGAACACCACAUGUAGAUGAACAAAAGCUAACAUUAUAUUUAGAUUAUUAUAGAUAUAAAAGAUAUAAUGCAAUAGAAAAAACGAGAAUAGUAUAUUAUUAUACAGAUGACAGAAAUAAAUAUUAUAGUCAAGAUUUUACCUACCCUGAAAACAUAAGAUUAUAUUAUAAAAAAUAUUCUGACACAAACCAGAAGAAACCAGAAAUAGUUGCACUAUAUUUUAA